AUGGUGAUUUUCUACGUGGAGUCUUGCCAUUUCUAUCAAAUCGCCUUGUUUUGGAUACACUGCUUAAGGUUUUGCAGUAUAAUUUUACACUUUUUUAAAUUUUCAAUCGUCAGAAUGUGGAUCAAUAUGAAUUUUCGAGUGAUAAUCGGCGUGGUUUGUCUCCUGGCUGUCCGUGAGCUACUUUUCUAUUUUUUCGCAAUUUGAAACUGCUCAACGCGUCGCUGUUACGCUCAAAAAUGGAGUAUGAUUUUUUCCUGUAACUGCGCCCGACUUUUAGCGACUUUCUCUUCUCAUAUGCUGAAAAACGCCUUCGCGCGAUCAACAAAAAAAAAAUCGUGAAGAACCGCGACGCCUUGAGCCAUUCUCAUUGCGGCGCUUUGAGCCCGGUAGAAUCAAGCAUUAUUUCGUUCCAGUUGUUAUUUUGGGCUCGCUUUUCUUUUGCUUUCGGAGAAGGAGAUCGUCGAAAUCGAUGAUCCCAUCAAGUUCUUCGUCAAAUGGCAGUGGAAACCAGAAAAAGUCACCAGUCGAAAAAAAGAUCGAGCCGAUUUCUGAAAUCCCGAAAAAGGGAUCUACGGUAUCUAUUUUGUACUUACAAGGGAAAUGAAAAAGGUCUCGAGUUGAGAAUUUGAUGAAAUUCCAUCUAAAAACUUUUAUAGACACCCUGGUCCGAAUCAAAUCAGUUUUAGUGAGAAUUUUGCCUUUUAGUGAAGUUAGAACGUCUUGAAAUUGGAAAUCAAAAUUUUUGAACUUAUGAAAAAAACUAUUUUUUUCACAACUUGGGAUUUUUUUCGGAAUUUUUUUCUUGGAUAAAAAAACGAUAUUAAAUGAUUUAUUUUUUUCCGCAACUUUGUCACGAAAUUUAAAAAUCUACGAAUAUUUGAACGUUUAAAGCUAGAGAGCGCUGGUGAGCAAGAGGGUCUUUAGAGAGAAAAAUUUCCAGCUCUCUCUCUCAUUUUUGAACGCUCUCUAACUUCGAAAUAUCCGAAUGCAGUCUCGGAUUUUUGGCGUUUUUUUAGGAUACUCAAUCGAAAAUCGAAAUGAGCAGUUUCUGGUAGUUAUAAAAAGUUCUUAUGUGUAUCUCAGUCGAGUUGAGGCUUUUGAUACGAUAAAUAAUUUUUAGUGUACACUCAAGUCUUCGCAACGACGUUCGCAACGACGUUCGCAACGAACGCAGUCGUCAACGCCUCCGGUGAACUCGUUGAAGAAAGAAGUUUAUUCCUUCUCCAAAAUGAAGAUUCGAGAUAUUUCGAACCUUCAGAACGCCCCGUCCCAGUCCCAGAGAAAAGAGCAGAAGACGCAAAAAUCCGCGUCUGUGGUCGUGUCGAAAGUGAAUACGGUCAAAACCAAAAGAAAUACCAUCGAUCAAACGUUUGUGAAAGACAUUGUUGUAUUCCUUCAACCCCUCAAUGUUUUUCAGUAAAACACUUGCUAGACCUAAAAAAGGUUAUAAUCAGAAAAUCAUCGACAUGCAGGUGAAUCCAAAAAUGUUUUUAUAUCCAUUUUUUACAAUUCCAGGAAGAAGCGUUAGACAACUUGGAUAAUUCGGUGACUUUGGCUGCGACCCAGACAUUUAAAACUAUCGAACAGUUUUGA